CGUUUAACCCUGCGUCGGUACUGGACGCGUGCGUUGUUCAAUAGCCUUUUUUUUUCUUUCAACUGUGACUUCAAGUUGAAAAGACAAAUUCGUUGCAACGAUCGUUUUCAUAUUAUUUAUAAGAGUGUGUUACACAUUUAACGGACUGCCUAAAUCGGAGCUUCUUUCGUCGGCGUAACAUGUAAUUUACACUCGACAUGGAAGAAGGUACUACUUGUGUAGAAGAUACCGUAUCCCCAGCGGGAGUCACUCAAAACAGUGAAAUUUCUGAACAACAACAACAACAACUCGACGAAUCGAAAACCGAAACUGAUAUCUCCGUAAAUCCUGAAAAUAUAAGUUCUAUCAAAGAUGAAGAAAGUGAAAUUAAAGAAGAUACCGAUCCGAACAAGGACGAAAGCGGCGUGGUCGUGGAUACUGUAGAACAAGAACCUUUAACUAUUUUUAAGCAGUCGUUAGGGGAGCAAGACGCGUGUGAAACGAAUGAAGAUGCGAGAUCACUUGGAGAUCUCGAUAGCUUGCCGGCAGGAGACGAACUGGCGCUCGGUGCUGCGGGCAGCGAUAGCGGUGUUGAAGGUUGCGGCCGCGCACUCAGCAGUGGUGGAGGAUCCAGAUCGUGCGCUUCUAGUGUCGUGUCGUGUGGUUCGGGCUGCGGCUCUGAGAGCUCCUCGUUGGCGGGCGCACCUCCCCUACCUCGUCGACGAGUAAAUGUAAACGUUCCCGAUCCGAAACGAAGUUCACCUAUCGGUUCAUCCACGCCACGACCGGCUACUGCACCUCGCGGACCGAACUUGGCCACUAGAGAACGUGCAAGAAGCAGAGAGAAACCAACUUUGCCAGAGAAGCCUCGACCGCUCACCCCUAAACCUCGGAUCAGACCUAAUGGAGAUCUGCCGAAUCUUGUUAGAGAAAGUCCCGCAUUGCGCGCAAAGCCAACCAAAACCUCAUCGGCUCGAUGUCGCACCCCUAGCUCUCCAUGUGAAGAAAAAAGGUGGCCAACCAAUGGACCGCGACUGACGCCGAAUCCAGAGAACACUGUAACUCGGUCCACCUCAGAUAAAUAUGCUACUUUGCCUCGGAGAAAACGUGAGACGGACACCGAAGGUUCACCUAAACAUGAGACAACACCACCAACGUCGAGGAGACCGACCGUUUCCAGGUCGGCAUCUUCACGCUGUGCCAUAAAAACUCGCGUGCGGAUAUACGCAGAGAGGACCUCCCAGACAGUACUCUUGGGAACGGACGUUGAAGCGGCGCUCGCGGGCAUCGUGCCAAAUAUAGAAACAAAGCUCGCGGUAUCCCGGUGCGAGCGCGGCGUGCAGGCGAGCACGCGCGGCGCGGAGAGCGCGCGGCUGUCGGCGCUGCAGGCGGAGUGCGCGGAGCUGCGGGCGCGCGCCGCCGCCGCCGACGCGCAGCUGCGGGCCGAGCGCGCCGCGCGCCUCGCCGCCAUCGCGCAGCUCGACGACAACACCCGCCGACUGCUCGAGCUCGCCGGCGCAGCAGGCGCGGACGCCGGAGCGGAGGGCUGCCUGCACGCGCUGGGCGAGCAGCUGCGGUCCGCCGGGGAGCUAGCGGCCAGGCAGCGGGCGGAGAUAGACGCUCUGCGCGACCACUGCAAUAAGCUGCAAAUUGAGUGGUGCACGUCCCGCCAGCGCGCGACGGCGGCCGAGGCGCGGCUGGUGGAGGCGGAGCGCGACGCCGCCGAGAUGCACGACUUCCUCGCCGCCGAGACCGCCGCGCUCGCCGACUCGCUCAGGGACGCCGACCGACAGCUCGUCGCCACCAACGCCGAGCUCGACAAGAGACGUGCGGAGUGUCGGCAGCUGGUGCGGCUGUGCGAGCAGCGUCGCCAGGAGGCGCUGUGCUGGGCGGCGCGGGUGCGCGGCGGCGCGGCGGGCGCGGGCCGGGCGCUGCUCGCGCUCUCCCGCCGCCUGCAGCGCCUCACGCGCGCGCUGCUCGCCGCCUACGGGCUGCCCCCCGACCUGCUGCAGCCCACCGUCUACCACAACGACGCCUUCAGUCGCAGUGACAGCGGCGAGGCCGGCACCCCGGAGGAGGAGGGGCGCGGCGGGCUGCUGGCGGCCAUCGCUCGCGCCGUGCGGGCCGCUCCGCCCAUCGCCACCAGCAUCGCCCACGCCGCCGCCGCGCACGCCGCCGCCGCCACGCACGACGACGACGCCUCCGACGACAACUCCGCCGACCUACUCGACUCCGAGACUGAACCCUGUCUCGUCACGGACCCCGAUUGCGUCGAGGACUGGUGGUCCGGGCCGGAGGGGGCGGACGGCAUCGGCAUUUCCAGCGGAGACGAACUGUCGCCGGAGAGAGACUCUGUGGACUUUGAGAAAGAGGUGGAGUCGGGUUCUGAGUCGCUGCGCACGCUGUCGGCCGCCAUCGCGCACCGGCAGCGCUGCGAGGCGGAGGAGCCGGAGCGCGACGUGCUGAUGCGGCGCGUGCUGGCGCUGGACGACACGCUGUCCCGCCUGCUGGGCGCGCUGCGCCUCGCCGCCGCGCACCACGACAAGCAGCACGAUGCCACCCUGCUCAGCGCGCUCAGAGAAAAAAUAGACGUAACAGAAAAAAACGUGGCGGACGUGGUAGUGAAGAAACUGGCUGAACUCGACGCAAGUAAGAAUAUGAUGGAGCAGUACCGACAGUCGGUCGAGACGCUCAAAAAUCAACUGGCACAUCACGAUGAAGAGGACGAUUUAGACCUAAUCGAAGAGGUACUUGACCACUCAUAUUGUUCGUCGCUUCAGGAGGCGUGGUCGUGCGGCGACGUCUCGCGGGCGGAGUGUGCGGGCGCGCUGUGCGGCGCCGCAGCCGCCCUGCGCGCCUCGCGCUGCGCCCGCCUCGCGCCGCUGUCCGCGCGACUGCAGCGCCUCGCCGCCGCCUUGGCCGCGCCCUCCGCCCUCUAGCGGACUCUCUAUACACCAGUUCCAAUGCCAAAGCGAUAACGAUACUAAAUGAAAUUCUUUUCAACAAAAACAAAAAUCCUAACUGGAUAAAAGCGUUAGUUCCUCAAUGGAAUUUCGAAUUUUAAUUGGCAAUACUUUAAUUAUUAAUUAAUUGAAAAUGCAAUUUCGAAAAGGGCACAUGUCACAUAUUUUGUCAAAUAGGUUUUUUCAUAUACAUGUAGUUUUGACCUACACCCAUUUUAUAAUAAUUCCAGUAAUUUUCAAUUGCUAAUUAACACUAAAAUAUAUCUCAAAAGUUAAUAUUUUAAAUUUUACACUGCUUUAGAAAAUAAUCAGUUUUUUUUUUCAUUUCCUGAAAAUUUUACAUUUUCAGAGAUGUACCCAUUUCGAAAUUGCAUAUUCAAUUAUAAAUAUGCCAAAUGUCGAUUACGGUCUCGCCGGCCGAGAACAGGAGGUAAUACGUCCUGAAAUGCAGCGGGAUGAAAAUUUCGAUGGCUGAAAAAAAGUCAAUAAACGUCUUAUGCGUCAUGAUUCCUAAAAUUAUAUUAAAUAAAUUAUUAGAGUAAUGUCUGAUCUGCGUCGUAAUCGUAUUUUUAGCGCAGAAAUAGAAAUAGUGUAAUGUAAUAUUUAAUGAAUAGACUAUAGAUAUAAUAUCGUGAGCUUCAUAACAUUUCGUGCCGUUUCGUUAUUCACGUCCGUCCUGCUUACUCCAUGACACGUAGAAAAACAAAAACGUAGUAACAUGCAAGCUCAGCUUUCGAGAACGAACAUAUUUACAAUAUUACUCGUAAGAAAAUCAUGAUGCCUAUUUAAUAAACCAUUUAUAGUAUAAAUAUAUAUAUAUAGCAUUUGUGCCAGAUCGUUCUCCUAAAUGCUGUAAGAUAAUUUUUAUAAGAAUAUUUAAUCAGAAAUCAAAGCAUUAUAGUAUAUGUAAAUAAGAAUAUGACAUUUCAUUUGUGUUUAUCGAUAAGAAUUAUUUUAAAUAGUAUUUAUUCAAAGUUUACAUAGAGCAAGAACAAAACUGUUUUGUUACCGCAAAAAAAAUCUUACACGUGUAUUUAACAGCUGUAAUGCUUAAAUUCGAUCCCAUCUACUUAAUUGUUUAAUUCUUGUACUUUUUGUGUGAUCUAUGUUUCCUACUUAUUUAGUUUAAGAUUAUAGAUUUUAUUAACGAUAACUUGAUAGUCUAAAUUCCUUUUGUUUUUAUUCUCUCUUUUUAUUUGUUUAGACAAGACGUAAUGUAUAGAAAUAAUAAUAAACAAUGAAUUUUGUAAAGGCCGCUGCACAUUCGCUCGAAGAAAAAAAUCACAUAAGAAUUAUGUUUUCAUUACAUAUCUAUAUUUGGUGCAAGCCGAGGGAGAUUGGAACGUGAGAUCUUGUAUACAGUAGUGUAGAUACAGUAAGGAUCCAGGUCAAUUGUGACAGCACUGACACUAUUGUGUUCAGUGAUCUCUGGCUAGGAUGGCUUGUAGAGUUGUGUUGUGCAUUUCACUUUUUUUUAUUUAAUCUAGUCAAAUUAAAAUUUGAUAUUUAGCACUUUAUUGAGGACAUCAAUGUUCACAUUUUGUUUUUAUCGUUUUCGAUUAGACACAGAACAAAAGUUAUUUGCCAUUUUACGUAUUUAUGUUGUGUUCAACGUAAUACGAAUUAAAAUUAACAUGAGACUGAUGCUGUAUUUGUCGAUAAGGUUUUGUGAGAAAUUACGAAAAAAUUAGUUAAAUUAUAAUAAUAAUUGGUUUCUGUGUAGUACAAAUUUUUUCCGAUGUCAUUUGUAUCGUCAGCAAUUUAUUUAAAAUUAAAUAAGUACAUAAACCAUUGAUUUGGCAAGCUUGAGUAUAUGCGACUCGCACAUUAACUAUUAAGAUGUAAAAAGUAGUAUGUAAAUACAUAUAAUGAGAAUCGUGA